AUGCUUAGAUACGCCUUCAUUCUCCCACUUGGCCUGGAAAUAGAGAACCCAAUCCUUCUGAUUUAUUCCUUUCUGCAAACAGCGAGGAUCCUGGCCUUCUCCCAUAAAAACCCAACCUUCCUUUUGCUCUUCCUUCAGUUUGCCUUUACUGAGGCUCAGCCUAGGAACUCCACAAAGGUUGACUUAUUGUGGUCGUAUAAUGCUUGUCAUGGAAGAUCUAUUGUGCUUCAGUUAAUUCCAGCUGUUGGUAUCAUUGCUUUUGCUGCAUGGGGUCUUGGGCCGCUUAUGCGUCUGAGCAGGAUUCUUUUUCUUCAUAAGAGUGAUGGUAGUUGGAAAAAGAGUAGCACCCACUAUGUUAUGACUUCUUAUCUCCAACCUUUUCUGCUAUGGACUGGAGCAACACUUUUCUGCAGAGCACUAAAUCCUGUAGUUCUACCUUCAGAAGCAAGUCAAGCUGUCAAGCAACGACUUUUGAAUUUUGUGCAAUCCCUAUCUACUGUGCUGACCUUUGCGUAUUGUUUAUCAAGCUUGAUUCAACAAACACAAAAAUUCUUUGUGGAGACAAAAGACUCUACUGAUGCAAGAAAUAUGGGCUUUGAAUUUUCAGGGAAAGCUGUUUAUACUGCAGUAUGGGUUGCUGCUGUCUCAUUGUUCAUGGAGUUGUUGGGUUUCUCCACCCAGAAGUGGCUAACUGCUGGGGGUCUUGGCACAGUAUUGCUUACCCUUGCUGGUCGUGAAAUAUUCACAAAUUUUCUUUCAAGUGUAAUGAUCCAUGCAACAAGACCUUUUGUUUUGAAUGAAUGGAUUCAGACGAAGAUUGAGGGCUAUGAAGUUUCUGGUACAGUUGAGCAUGUGGGUUGGUGGUCGCCGACAAUUAUAAGAGGUGAUGAUCGUGAAGCAGUUCACAUUCCAAAUCACAAAUUCACUGUGAAUGUAGUGAGGAAUCUUAGUCAGAAGACUCAUUGGCGCAUCAAGACCCACAUUGCCAUCAGUCAUUUGGAUGUCAAUAAGAUCAAUCAUAUUGUAGCUGAUAUGCGCAAGGUUUUGGCAAAAAAUCCUCAAGUUGAGCAGCAAAGGUUACAUAGACGAGUAUUUCUGGAUAACAUUGAUCCAGAGAAUCAAGCUCUUUUGAUCAUGGUGUCUUGCUUUGUGAAGACAUCACAUAUUGAAGAGUAUCUGUGCGUCAAGGAAGCAAUAUUGUUGGAUCUCCUCAGAGUUAUCAGUCACCAUCGAGGACGGCUUGCCACACCAAUCCGUACAGUGCAGAAAAUAUAUGACGAGGCUGACAUGGAAAAUGUACCAUUUGCUGAUACCAUUUUCACUCGUACCAGAGCAGCUGUGGAUCACCCAUUACUACUGAUCGAGCCUUCUUAUAAAGUCAAUGGUGAGGAUAAAACCAAGGCUUCGGCUCGUUCCAUCCGUACUAAUGAAGAAAAAGAUUCCAAGGUUGAAGCACCUGCAACAUCCGACUCCAAGGCAGAUGCUAAGGCAUCAAGCUCUGAUGAUGAGAACACAGAUGAGAAAGUCACACGGGCAUCAAGCUCUGAUGUCAAUUCAAAGGCUAAUGUUUCAACAACUUCUGACACCAAAACCCCAACAAGCAACUCGUUGGGUGGAGCAGCUUUUGAAAAGCCCCCUCUUACUUCCCAAGAGUCUGGCAGUGAUAGGACCCCACAGGCAAAGGCAGAUGGCGAAAGGCUUAAUUCACCAUCACCAUUAGCUAGACCUGUGGUAGAGGAUAACAUUGUUCUUGGUGUAGCGUUAGAGGGAUCAAAACGCACACUCCCAAUCGAGGAAGAAAUGACUCCAUCUCCAUCUCCAUCUCUGACUUUUGCAGAAUCAAAGGAGUUGGCUGCCUGCCGGAAUGGGAAUGGGUCUCCUGGAAAAGAUAAGAAAGACGAUCAGAUUUCAGCAGUUCCCGGGGUUACACAGAACGAUCAGCGAGACAAAGUAAGAUGA